AUGGAAGAGUUUAGUCAGUAUGAUAAGGAGGCAUGUGAAUGGUUGAAGCAAAUUCCUCUUGCACAUAGGGCAAGGAGUCAUUUUUCAGGAAGAGCAGUUUCUGAUGUCUUGAUAUCAAAUAUAUGUGAAGUGUUUAAUGGGAAGAUAGACAAAGGAAGGGAUAAACCUGUCAAUGGAUGUUUAGAAUACAUAAGGGAGUAUCUAAUGAAGAGGAUAUGUAAUGUCAUGAAGGAAAUGAAAAAGGCUAAAGGUCCAUUAACACCCACAGCAACAGACAUCCUAGUUGCAAGAAAAACAGUUGCUUCACAAUACAUUACUGUUGGGUGGAAUGGGGGAGACAAGUAUCAAGUCACAGGAGCUUUACAGUAUCAACAGGUGGUGGAUGUUAAGAACCGAACAUGCACUUGCAGAAAAUGGAAAUUAACUGGAAUUCCAUGCAAACAUGCAAUUGCAACUCUGAAUGAAAUGAUUAAAGACCCAGAGGCUGAGCUUGACAUUUACAAAUGGGUUCACAAGGUGUAUUUUCUAGAUACAUGGAAAAAAGCUUAUUCAUUUAAGGUGGAGCCAAUUAAGGGGAGAUCCAUGUGGCCCAAGAAUGAAUGUCCCACAAAGCUAAUCCGUCCUCCACAUCGCACUCGGGUGGAAGGCCUAAGAAAAAAAAGAAGACAAAGUGAGGGUGAAAGUUAA